AUGGACAAUCAUAGAAUGGGUCGCACGCCCUCGCCAGGCCACCCCCUUCAACAUGGAUACCAGCUUGAUGAUGUUCCUUACGGUCACCAUCCGGCAUCUGCUACCAAUCUCGACAUACCUGCUGGCCCAGGAAGAUAUACCCCAAGCGACACUCUUCCGCUGAAUGCUGCGCACUCCAUCGAUAACCUGUCGCAGAGCCCCUAUGACCAUAGUCAGGGUGGUUAUCCUUCCGAUUACGCAGUUAACCCCGAGCAACAUCACGAUGCUUAUUAUAAUCAGCCUUAUGAGCCACCGCAUCCUACUUCGACACCAUUUUCUGACCAUCACGGAUACGACUAUAAUGACCAACAGCCAAUGUUAACUCAGAAUGACCCCUACGCGCAGGGUCAACCGCCAGCAUCAUACACUGAUGACCCGAACCAUCAAGCUCAGGCAGGGGGAGGAGGAGGGGGACUGAAGAGGAUGAAGACGGUGAAGCAGGUGCUCCUGUACCGAGGAAAUUUAGUUCUCGACUGUCCCAUACCUCCACGACUUUUGAACCAGCUUCCCCACGGUGAACGUGACGAGUUUACCCAUAUGCGAUAUACUGCUGCUACUUGCGAUCCUAAUGAUUUCUACAGCGAGAAUUUUACCUUGCGCCAAAAACUUUUCAGUAAACCACGACAUACUGAGUUGUUCAUUGUUAUUACCAUGUACAACGAAGACGAUAUUCUCUUUGCGCGAACCAUGAUUGGUGUGUUGAAGAAUAUCGAAUAUAUGUGUAGUCGAAAACAAAGCAAGACGUGGGGUCCGGAUGCUUGGAAGAAAGUCGUUGUGUGUGUAGUCAGCGAUGGACGUGCAAAGAUCAACCCUCGAACAAGAGCUCUUCUUUCUGGUAUGGGUGUUUACCAGGAAGGUAUUGCCAAGCAACAAGUCAACGGAAAAGACGUUACCGCUCACGUCUACGAAUACACGACGCAAGUGGGCAUGCAGAUCAAAAACGACGUGGUUCAGCUCACGUACAAGAAGCAACCUGUGCAGAUGCUGUUUUGCCUGAAGGAGAAAAACCAGAAGAAGAUCAACUCUCAUCGAUGGUUUUUCCAGGCGUUUGGUCGUGUCCUGGACCCAAAUAUUUGCGUACUUAUCGAUGCCGGUACUAAACCAGGUGGAAAUUCUAUCUAUCAUCUUUGGAAAGCGUUCGAUCUCGAGCCCAUGUGCGCUGGUGCUUGCGGUGAGAUUAAGGCUAUGCUGGGAAGGGGUGGCAAGGAAUUGCUUAAUCCUCUUGUCGCGACUCAAAACUUCGAGUAUAAAAUGAGUAAUAUUCUCGACAAACCUCUCGAAUCUGCGUUCGGCUUCAUCUCUGUCUUGCCCGGCGCCUUCUCGGCGUAUCGGUAUGUCGCUCUACAGAACGACAAGAACGGAUUAGGACCACUCGAGAAAUAUUUCAAGGGUGAAACGCUACAUGGAGCCGGUGCCGGUGUUUUCACGGCUAAUAUGUAUCUGGCCGAAGAUCGUAUCCUCUGCUUCGAGCUUGUUACCAAGCGUAACUGUCACUGGAUCCUGCAGUACGUCAAAUCGGCAACAGGGGAAACUGAUGUGCCUGACUCCGUGACCGAACUCAUCUUACAGCGUCGUCGUUGGCUUAAUGGCUCGUUCUUUGCUGCCAUCUACGCCAUUGCACAUUUUUACCAGUUCUUCCGUUCUGAUCACUCUAUUCUCCGCAAGUUGAUGUUCUUCCUCGAGUUUGGCUUCCAGACUUUCAACAUGAUCUUCGCCUGGUUUGCUAUUGGCAACUUCUUCCUUGUUUUCAAGAUCUUGACAACAAGUCUCGGAGACGAUAAUUUAUUGGGCACGGCGGGUGAGAUUCUCGGGGUUGUUUUUGAAUGGUUUUAUGGUAUAUCCUUGAUGGCUUGCUUCGUUCUGUCUAUGGGCAAUCGCCCGGCAGGCUCUGGCAGGUUAUACACCGCUAUGGUUAUUUUCUGGUGUGUGAUCAUGGUAUACUUGACAUUCGCUGCUGUGUAUAUCACCGUUAUCGCCGUUCAGGCUCAAGUAUCCAAAGGUUUCAGCAUCAGCGACAUUUUCAAGAAUAAGAUCUUCUACUCGCUCAUCGUAUCCAUGCUGUCGACCUGGGGUCUCUGGCUCAUCGCGUCGCUCCUAAUGUUCGACCCCUGGCACAUGGUUACUUCCUUCAUACAGUACUUGCUUCUCACACCCACUUACGUCAAUGUUCUAAACGUGUACGCGUUCUGCAACACACACGACAUAUCAUGGGGUACCAAGGGAGACGACAAGGCCGAAGAGCUACCUAAGGUCGAUACCAAAGAUGGCAAGGGUAAGACCGAAUUGCCCGACGAGGGAGAUCUGGACGAGCAGUAUGAGAAGGAGUUGAGGGUUUUUGGCCAGAAGCAUGUAGUCAUCCAGAAGCCGCCGAACGAGGCACAGAAAGCAGAAGCUCAGAUGGAUUACUAUCGUUGGAUUCGCUCUUUGGUGGUCAUCAUCUGGAUGAUUACUAACUUCGGUCUCGUCGCCUUGGUUCUUAGUACGGCCGGCCUCGAGAAACUCGAUCCUAAACAACAGGAGGAGAGCCAGGACCAACGGUCCACGCUUUAUAUGACUGUCGUCCUAUGGAGUGUCGCAGGACUAAGCGCAUUCAAAUUUAUUGGCGUAGUCUGGUUCCUUAUCGUCCGAAUGUUCAGGGGCGUUUAG